GAAAGAGGGGGGAAAUGACUGGCGACUGUGUGGGAAGAGAGAGAGGAGGGGCUUAAAAAGUAUGAACUUGUGUAUGAUUCAGCUGCAGGAAGCAUUAAGAAGGGAAAAGACUCCACACAGGACGCGGUAUACUCACUCCUUUAGCCUUUACUGAGGACGUGUUGUCUUAUGGCUUCUCAGAGGGUGACUUUUCCCACCGGGUCACACUUUCUCUAGUGCGCUCCUUCACUCCUGAGAGUUGGCUUGUUAAUAAAAUCCGGAGCGUUCAGCUUUUUGAACCCGUGCUGUUUUUGCUCUCUCCACACUGUGCGUAAUUUCUAUCCAGGAUCGAGAAAGAAAAGGCGACAUCACAACAACACGAGGACGAGGAAUCAAGACAGAGAUAAAACCAACUGGGGGAAAAUGAAAGUCGUCUUGGAUAUCUGCUUGAUGUUCCUCAUGCUGCACACUCCCGGCGUGCUGUCCUUGUCCACACAUGUAGCAGUGGUCUACCCCCAGGACCCCGUCCUUCGCAUAGGGUCCACCCUGACCGCCAGCUGCUGGGUCCACCCCGACCUCGGUGUCCACGCCAGCUCCCUGUUUUGGACGCUCAAUGGUCAACAGCUGCCCAGCUCCCUGUACAGAGUGCUGAGCCCGACCAACCUCAGCGUGACGCUGGCCGGACUCAACGCCUCCAGACAGACGUCCGGCGACAACCUGGUCUGUCACAACCACAAGGGACACAUCUUGGCUGGCUCCUGCCUCUACGUUGGGAUGCCUCCAGAGAAGCCGGUCAAUCUGACCUGCUGGUCCAGGAACACCAAAGACCUGACUUGCAGCUGGUCUCCAGGAGGAAAAGGAGAGACAAACAUUAGCACACAGUACAUGCUCAAAUACAAACUCAGGUGGUAUGGUAAGGAGAAGGAGUGUGAGGAUUACACUCAUACGCAGCCUUACUCCUGCAGCAUCACUCGGGACCUGCACCUCUUCACGCCCUAUGAGAUCUGGGUGGAGGCCUCCAACCAGCUGGGCCGGGCUACCUCCGAUGUCAUCACCCUCGACAUCCUAGACGUGGUGACCACGGACCCUCCAUCAGGUGUGACUGUCAGUCGUGUCGGGCAGUUAGAGGACCAGCUGAGUGUUCGCUGGGAGGCCCCGCCCGCUCUCAAAGACUUCCUGUUUCAGGCCAAAUACCAGAUCCGCUACAGACUGGAGGACAGCCAAGACUGGAAGGUGAUGGAUGACGUUGGGAAUCAGACAUCUUGUAGAUUGGCUGGACUGAGGCCUGGAACAGUGUAUUUCGUCCAGGUUCGCUGUAACCCUGUUGGCAUCUACGGCUCUCGCAAAGCUGGGAUCUGGAGCGAGUGGAGCCAUCCAACUGCUGCAUCCACACCCCACAGUGAGCGCUUGAUGUCGGGCUCCUGUGACUCAAAGUCUAGCGGGGACUCCAACUCCACCCUGCGCAGGGAGCUGAAGCAGUUCUUCGGGUGGGUGCGGAAACACGCCUACGGCUGCAGCAGCAUGUCCAUGAAGCUAUACGACCAGUGGAGAGUGCUGAUGCAGAAAUCCCACAAAACUCGCAACCAGGUAGGUUCUCCAAGGGGAUAAAUCCUAGCACACGCUGCGUUUACAAGCCAAAAACAAGUCAAGAAAAGAACUGAGUGAGUGUGUUUUUGUCUAUGUGUAUGUGUGUGUGUGAGAAAGAGACAUUGUGUUCGUAUAUGGGAAUUAUAAGACAUUGUGCUCCGGACAUUUUGUGCGAAUACCAGCCGUGGCCAUGAGAGGACAUCCAACGAGAAACUGUGGGAUUUUCUUCUUUAUUGCAUCUUCUCCAGCCGGAAUGAGCACUUUUUUCGUCUGAAAAGUUGCAACUGAUAAAGGUGGACUUUCCACGGACAUCCUGGAGUCAUCAUUAGCAAGAGACCAUGUGGACUACUCUGCUUUCUCAAAGGACGUUGUAGCAUGAAUAACUCGGGCAUCAAUAAAGAAGUUUGUCGUGUACCUGCUCUAAAUGUGCACAAAGGUGAUCAAAACCAAUUCAAACAAACUAGAAAUGUUGCCAGAGCAUCUAAAAGUAUUCUGUGACCUUUUUUUUGAGUUUCUCCUGUGGAUCCAAAGCACCAUCUAGUGGCUGUUCAGCGUCCAUGGAUACUCCACAUCAAAGCUUUCACUGUGGUCCUGAUGUAAAAAGAAAAAGCAACAAAUUGUCAUUCAGUAUUUCUAAGUCAUGCUUUGUUAUAUAAGUGCCAAACUAGUUCACCCAGCAUCCAUGUGUUUCUGAGCGACAGUAUGUGACUGAUGGUGUUUGUGUGUGGAGACGUUUCACUGCCUUUAUUUUUGUACUGAAUUGUACCAGCAUAUUUAAAACUGUAUAAAGUUAUGUUUUAUGUCUUAAGUUAUGUUUAGUUAGUAAAGAAAUAUCAAUGACUGAA